GUUGAUCUGGAGAGGUUGAGGGACCAAUGGCUGACCACUCUCACUACGAGACAAGAGUACCUGGACCAGCACCUGCAGAAGAUGGUCCAAAAGCCCGAUAAGUCAGAGGAUGACGUGGAGAGGGAGGCCCAGCUGUUGGAGUGGCGUUUGACCCUGACAGAGGAACGUAACGCCGUCCUGUUACCUUCGGCUGGUAGCGGGAUCCCUGGAGCCCCCGCAGAGAGAGUCCCUGUUCCUGGGAUGGAGACUCACAUUCCUGUCCUCUUCCUGGACCUUAGUGCUGAUGAUUUCCAGGACAACCUGUCUGCUCCGCUGGCUGGAGGUCUGGACGCUGUGCUGAACCAUGAGGAUGAGGAUGAGUUCUUCGACCUGCACAUCGUCAAACAUUCCGAUGAAGAGGUUGGUGCGGAGGCGGCGUGGGACUCUACGGUACAUGACUGUCCCCAGUUGAGUCGCGGCGCGUCGGCUGACCUCCGAGUGUACCUGACAGUCAGGGUCGUAGUUCAGCUCUCACACCCUGCUAACAUGCAGCUGGUCCUCAGAAAACGCAUCUGUGUCAACCUAGCUGGACGACAGGUAGGAGUCACACACACACACUGGACAACAGGUAGGAGUCACACACACACUGGACAACAG